AACCUCGUCAAGUGAAUUUGUCAGGUACUACUUCGCAGGAAUUUUUGUGAUUAGGAUAUUUCGACGUGCUGUUUCGAGGACGUUCUGACAUCGGAGCGACGGUAAGUAUCGAGGAUUACCGAAGAGAGAGAGACCGAGGAAACUAAGAAAAAUAGGCAUAGAUUGCGAAGGGUACACGUCAGUGAUCUUACAGCUAGAUACUUGGAUGAAACAUGUGAUUUCAAGAGCAAAUAGUGUGUGUUAUAGGAUACUAGAAGAGGAUCUGUAAAAUGGGGGCUGGCAGCAGUAGUAUUAGUGGGCUGUCCUCAAAUGAAUACCUUCAGCGGUUUGUCAGCCCUGAGAUCAUCACACCCAAUGACCCAUUCUGGAAUCAAGUCCUGUCAUUUACCUUUUCUAUACCAAACUCAAGUUCAGAUUACCGUCUUCUUGAGGAAUCCUUAACGUCCCUGUACGAAGAGCUUGUUAAGAAUUAUGCAACAAGUGGGAAUGUGGCCUCACUGAUCCAUGUCUUCCUUUCAAGAGCCACAGAAUUAAAAGCAUCAACCCAGUGUGAAAACAAUGUAUUUACCUGGCAAGCAUACAACGCGCUCUUCAUUAUUCGUUGCAUCUGCAAGUUACUACUACAACAUUUACCAGAAAGUGAUGUAAUUGAAGUUUUACAGACUGGUCCAGCUUCAGCCAGUGAAAGCGUAGCAGGUGAUGAUAAUUCAACGUUAGUAGAAGAGCUGGUAACAAGUUUAGUAGAAGUUAUUGUGGAUGUCCCUCUUGUAGACCUUACUUAUGCUCUCCACCAUGAAGCUACCACAGCACUAAUAGUGCUGACAUCGGCACUAGUUUUUUCUUCAGGAGAUGUUUGUCACUUAGCAGUUUUCAAAAUGUUGAUGACUGGUCGGGCUUCCAUCCAUGCAUGUUUGUUUGUAAAAACUCUGUUGAAACGUUUUAUGGCACAAGACAAACCACCUGCAAAAAAUGAAGGCGGGAGUGUUGUUUUAGGAUUAGCAUCUGGUUUGUGGAAUGUCCUUACCUUUGGCUUGGUUGGAUCUGAAGAGACCACCAAGAAAGGCCCCGAGUCACCCCUCGCAACACAGAGCAUUUUAUUACUUUUGGUGCUUGCUAAUCAUUGUACUGCUGAUCGUAACAUCAGGAACCCUUACAGACAAGCAUUACUACAUGCACAAAAUUUUCAUGAUCCUGCCGAGAGUACCCCCACCCAAGCAGUCGCUACUUUCAAGUUAGAAUUUGCUACAUUGUACAAAACCUUAUAUACUCACCUGCAAGAAGACCAAACAACAUUGGUUCUUUAUCUCCUUUUGCAUAAGAAUGAAGACUUUCGAACUUACGUGCUGUCAAGAACUGACAUGGAAAACCUUAUUUUGCCAAUUCUUAGAACUUUGUACCAUGCUCCAGAUAGUACCUCGCAUCACAUUUAUAUGUCCCUGAUAAUACUGCUCAUUCUGUCAGAAGAUGACUCCUUCAACAAAACGAUUCAUGAUAUUCCCCUCAAAAACAUCACUUGGUAUACUGAACGUCUCAUAAGUGAUAUAUCUCUUGGUGGCCUUCUUAUCCUGGUUGUAAUUAGAACCAUUACCUACAACAUGACCAAAAUGAGAGAUAAAUAUUUGCACACAAAUUGUUUAGCAGCGCUUGCAAACAUGUCAAGUCAGUUCCGUUCAUUACAUCCGUACGUGUCUCAGCGGUUGGUAAGUCUAUUUGAGACUCUAGCAAAGAGACAUGCACGACUUUGCGAGUCACUUCGGCAAGCUGAUUAUAUGUACGAAGACUCCGAAAAUGAUAUUCCAGAUGCACUCAGUGAUGUGAGUGUAUUGGAGGAGGUGCUGAGGAUGGUGCUAGAAAUAUUAAACUCUGUCUUGACUCACCAGUUGUCGCAUAAUCAUAACCUGGUAUACACGCUGCUAUACAAAAGGCACUUGUUUAUACCUUUCUCAACGCAUCCCAAUUUUCAAGAUGUCACUCAGAACAUAGAUGUUGUUCUCUCAUAUUUGAUGGGCCGUUUAGAGACUACAAAGAGAGAUCCAGGGGUUCAGGAUGUACAGGAGGUUAUUCAGCAGGGAGUACUUCACCUUCCAAAAGACCGCCUUAAAAAGUUCCCGGAACUGAAGUUUAAAUAUGUUGAGGAAAAUGAACCCGAGGAAUUUUUUAUUCCGUACGUUUGGACACUAGUGUACCAGAGCUCUGGGUUGUAUUGGAACCCGGAAUCUAUAUGUAUCUUUGAUCCUUCUCAACCAGAUGGUUAAUAAGAGUGAUACCAUCACCUUGGUUAGUCUGUGUUGUUGUGAUAAUGAUAAGAUUAUAUAUUUUAAUUUAUAAACAUUUUCAUUAAUAAAAGUAGAUUUUACAGAGAGAUUCAAGGUCUGAAAUACAUUUUGCAGGACUUUAAGUCUGAUUUUUCUGUAUGUUAUUUAAUAAUAUAUUUGUAUUUUAUUAUUGCAAAUAGUUUUUUUUACAAAAUUUUAUUUGUAUUAUAUAAUCUGUAUACAUCGUGCUUUGUAAGGUAAAAAAGAAAAAAUGAUUAUUCCCAGAUUAGCCAUAGGUUUUAAUUUACCAUAGACAUUGCUGCUAUUUAGGCCAAACAUUGAUAAAAUAAUUUACAUACGUACUUUAUAUUUUAUAUUUAUAUCAACAGCAUUUUUGGCAAAUCCUUGUAUUGUGGUAAGAACUUACAGCUGAAGCACCCCUCAUUUAUCAUUUCCCAUAUGAACUAAGCAAAUCGGUUACAGAACUCAGAUAUUUACAGUUUGUUUCAAAAAGUUUUGAAACAAUGGGAGUGCGCAACUAGCAUUGUUAACAUCAUAAAUGCCUGCACUUCCCAUUCAUUAGUAUUCUACUUGUAAUUUCUCUUUAUCUAUUACUAUACCACUUAAAUGCUAUUGAAUUGUUGAGAAUUGUAAGAAACUAUUUCUUCAUAAUUAUCUUUCACAUCUUUUAUACAGUUCAGCAUGUGAAGUUUUGACAAAAAUGGAUUAAGUGUAUCUAGGAAUGGGAAAUGAUUGUAAUACUGUAUAAUAAUAGUAUAGGAUUAGCAGUAAUUGUUAAUUCUAUAUUUUAAUUGUCCAUCAACACUUGAGAAUAACAGUUAACCUAAAUAAUGGAAUAAUUUUGCUUAAAAUGCUUUUUUUUUUUUAUUUAUUUAUUUUUUUUACAUUAAAGGUACUGUUCUUCAGCAAGCUAGUGAGGGGUCAAUUGUGCUACAUAAUUUAAUGCUAUGCAGCACAUUAGGAUGUCAGCUUUGAGUCACUGAUAUGUUUAGGAACUAUUUAUGAACCCAUUUGAAGUACAGUACGUAGUUAUGAUAGCCUUACUUUGAGUGACUGUUAAUUAAUAUGCUUUGUUAAUUAAUAUGCUUAGUUAUUAGGUUUCUAACAGCAAAGCUAAUGAUUUUUUCUGUCCACAGUAAGAGGUUUUUCAUUUUUUUUCAACUAUAUUUACAUGUCUUCUCACAUUUUAAAACUACGGCUUCUACUUUUAUUUGUUCUGAGUGUUUUGCCUGUAGUAUUAUCUUCAAUCUCAUAUUCAAGAUUCUACAUUUGUUUAUGUAAGGGUGCAAGAUUAAUAAUCACUGCUAUAAUUUAAAAGUAGCAGUAGAUUUCUACUUCAUGUAUAAUUGAUGUAGUUGUUGUUGGUUACUUUGUACAUAAUUUACAUAAUGUUGACAUAUUUGGAAUUUUGGCAUACUUGAAAUUUUACCCUCUUGAACCAGUAAAUACAUCUUGUAUGUUCUGUUGGGCCUACUACUAUUGGUACUUCGGUGUCAAAUUAAUUCUCAGGAUGAACAAAAUUUCAGUAUAUUUUUGAAUAUUGUAGAAGUAACAACCAUAUUUUUAAUACAAAGCAUUUGUAGAGAACUUAGUUUGUUUCAUAGAAAUGCUACAAGACCAGUGUUUGGUGUGCUUAAACAUUUUUCCAGAAUUUCUUUUCAAACUGAAGUCCACUACUAUCUGUAAGAUUUCUUUUUUGGGCAAAGAUGAAAGACCUGAGCUGAAUCAUAUAAAAUCAGAUGAAGCAGAUUUCACUUUACUUCUGACUACUUUCAAUAAAUCAAUGUUUUUCCUGUAACAAUACCCUUUAGGGUGCUCCUAAGUAGUGGCCCUCUUGGCUCACUUUUACUAGUGGUAUGUAGCAGCUCCCCACAACCCAUAAUGGUUUUGAUUUGGAAACUUUUGGUUGUUGAAGCUUAAUAGUACAUUAAAAAAAUUACCAUAUGACAUAGUUGACAACUCUUAAAAAAAAAUUUAGAGAGUUUGUAAUUUUCCAUGUCCAAUGUUACUAAUUAUGGUUAUGUGAAUCUGUUGUAGAAAAAAUGUUGUAUCUGUUCUAAUGGUUUGUAAGGGGCUAUUUGUAACUGCAUAAUUUAUAUACUGAACCACAUCAAUAUUUUAAUAAUUUAAUACUUUUAUUGCCCGUCAUUUUUGGUUGUUGAAAUCGUGCUAUUAGGAAGACUGAUCUGAAGAGGAAGGGUACUAUUGUCAUUUAAAAAUUGCUGAAUGUUUACUGUACUUUGGAACUGUUAACAGUCUAUUACCUUCCAAUGAAAAUGUACUCGAGGCAGCAUUUAUUAUUGGUUUUAUUUGCUAGAUUAUGUUUUAUAUAUCAGUUACAUAAAUCACAUAAUUCUUCAUUGCUUCCCAAAAUGUAGACUGUUGAAGCGUACACUUUUUCUUGAGAAAAAGAGGAAGGAAACAAGGGAAGUAAUGACACAACACUACACUGUUAUGAUUGACAUUUAAUGAGAGUAAUUUACUGGCCAAUAGCUAUAUUAUCAAGGGUGGCAUCUUGCUGACAUAGCAGGGGAAUAAAAAUGAUAAAGUUUCCUUCAAUACUGAUGUGUGAGGUAAAGAACCCCCCCCCCUUUUUUUUUUUGUGCGCGCUACUCCGCUACUCCUACCAGUGAUCUUGGUUCCAUUCCCAUGGGAACUGUUGUUAUUCACAAAUUUUCAUCCUGAUCUCUACAUUAUUAUUUUUAUCCCAUAUUCCAAUGAAACUACUCGCCUAAUUCUGUCCUAUGUUCCAUGUCCCUUAAGGAAUGAGAUGGUUUACUGUGUCGGCUGAUUACCAGUAUGGAAAAAUGAUCAAACUAGUGCAAUGAAAUCGGUUUUAUUUGGUUUUGUACCUCUAAUAACAUGUCAUUUUGUGUACAAAAUCCUGUCAGCAACCUAGUCCCUUCCCUUUACCCUAAAUUCUUGAAAUUCUUGUUACAUGACAUUUAAAGCUGUGUGAGUAAAUUUGAGGCCAGGUCAAGACUUUGCUACUGUACUAGAACAUGACAUUCAUGACUUAAGAAUAUUCUGUUUCCACCGAGGUUAUGACUUGUAUCCCUUCCUCUUUAAUCUCCUCUGCUGCUAAGUAUAGUUGCACCUCUCUCCUAAGAAUAAAAUAUUGGGAUGAACUUCAUCACCUGCACCAAAAACCUUUAGUCAUGCCUCUUGAGUCAAUGUAGACGUAUCCCUCCUAUCUUCAAAGUUGAGGAUUUUCCUUCAGUAAGAGACAAGUUAAUAGUACAUAUUCUGAACUUGGUAAUUUCUCUAAAGAAGAUUAAUUGCUUCUCUGAAGCUAGAGCUUUUCUUUCUCUACCUAAAUUUCCUAUGGGUUGCCAUUUAAUUAAAAAACUCUAUCUCAAAACAGUUGUAAUGUAAAACCUAAGGGCAUCAGCAUGAGGAAAUGUUCAUAAGAGCAAUAGUACUAACUGACAUUAAUAAAAAUGGAUGGGGGAGCAUAAAUGUUAAACAGUGGUAGCUUGCCACUAUGCCUAUGAAUUAACGAUAAUGGUCCCAUGGAAUUGUUUUUAUAUCGUUCACUAUUAUACUUAAAAUCAUGGGCAUCAUGUGUUUGAGAUAACAUUGAUAUUGAAGCACACUAAAAAUUAUACUUUUGAUGAAAAAUAAGCUCAUGUAUUGUACCAUAUAAGGAUACUAUGAACCAUUUAAUAUUUGAGCACUUGUUUCAAUGGAUACUCACCCCCCCCCCCCCCCCCCACACACACACACACACACACACACACACAACAAUCAGGAAACUACCUAAUUCGCAUAGAAAUGACCUAAGAAAAAUUAUGAAUGUCCAGGUAAUGUGUAAAUAUACGUAUAAUACGUGUUGCCUAUACAUAUACUAUAUAAUGACAUGUAAGAAUUACAAAGUGCACAAUACAACAAUGGACAGAACUAUGUACUAAUUUCACAUAUGACAACAACAAUGAUCCGAGUUAAAGAUUCUAAAAAUAAAAGUGCUUCAAAAAUUUUCUAAAAUUUAAAUUGUUCAAAAACAAUAUAAUUUGAGUCACCUUUUCAAAGGGAAAGUAUAACGAGUUAAUUUUAUGAGGACUACGCAAUCUUAAAAUUUUAAAUUUCAGUAAUGUAUUUUGGUUAAACUUUUUUUUAAACCAUCAUUAUUGAGUCACAUAGCAAGGGAAAGCUCAUUUUAUUAGGCAUGAACCCCUAAAGAGCAAAAACAACCACACAUGAUUAGUGCCAAAGAUAAGACCAGGGAAAAUCAGGCAAUGGCUACUGAUGACUCUUAAGAGUAGACCUACGAGGCUCCCCAAUUCCCACCAUCACUAGCUCUCAGAAUAAGUAAGAUUGUGUUGCCAGUGAAAUGUAAAACUACAGAAUGCAAAGCUUUGACAAUCAACAAGCUAAUAGGUUACAAAAGGCAAAUAGUUUAUUGAAGAAAAAAUCAAACUGGACAUUUGCUUUCAAAUGGGAACUGAUUCUGAAAUUAAAUAGAUUUAUUUCAGUUUUAUUUCAAUACAGAAUUUUAACCACACUUUCAAAUGAUCAGUUAUCACCAUCACAUUCAACUUUACAUCAAAAGAUUUUAAAAUUUUAGUAAUAAAUAAAGAUACUUUAGACUGACUCCAAUGAGACUGUAGAACAAUGCAACAGUACAAUGAAAUUUACGUUAUUUAUCCCCCUAACGACUAAGAGAGAAAUGGAAAAACAUAAUCAACUGAUACACAUUUUAUGAUGAAAAGGAAUGUCCCAUCAACUUUCAUUUUGCUACAACCUGUACAUACUCACUUGUUGGGUGGAUGGAAAUUUAAGAUACCCUCAAUCUAACAUGAAUUUUCCUUCUUUUUGUUUUUUGGGACACUAAACUACAGAAGAAUGAUGUCAUACUAUGGUUAUUUCCCAAAUUUGAUUUUGAUAUUUUCUUGUAACUUUUUAUUUUGUCUUGUGUGGUUUCCCACCCCUGUGAGUUGGUUCUUGUGUAAUGCUACGAAUUUGUCACUUCCUUUUUUGACAAUCAAGAUUUUCUUUUCUUGAAGGAACAAGGGAUGAGUAUUAUGUUGCCAACACUUCUAUACGUAGUUUGUCAAUUUCUAUUACUAAAGAAAUAUGUUAUAAUAUUGUCAAUUUCUAUUACUAAAGAAAUAUUUGUUAUAAUAUUGUCUUACAACUUUUGGCAUGUUUAAAAAUUAUGAUGAGGUAGGUUGAUGUUACUAUUGAUUGGAAACAUGUCUGAGUUCACAAGUCAUCGUCAAAAGGAAAUGGACUUUCCAACUACGUAUUUACUGUUUGAGCCUUUUUUCCUCAGUAUUAGUACUAAUUGUUGCACUUAAGUCACCACUGAUAUUAUAAUUUUAUAAUUUCCAAGUUCUUUAUCAUAUGCUACAUACUUCGUUACCACAAGAUAUAUACUAUACAUAAAUAUUAUUUCUUUAAUGGCAUGCUGAGUAGUUUGUAAUUACAUCACUUUAUAUUUAUAUUCUUGUCUCAUAUGUACAGUGCUUGUUACAAGUAUAAAUCAUCCAAUAUUCCUUUUCAUUUUAUACCUUGUAUAACUUUUGCAUAUAUUAUUUAUGAAAAAGCUACCCUAUGUUUUAUUUAUCCUAUUUUGUUUGAAAAUAAUCAUCUUACAUUUUACUUUGUUUUAGGUUACAGUAGUAUUUCCUUCACGUACUAUAUACGUAUUUCUUUGUAAGAUCUUAGAUAAUAUCCCAUGUCUCCUUUGAACUUGUCCUAACCUUAAAUUCGCUUUACCCAUCCUGACGGUCCUUACCUACAACCUUGUAUUUUUACCUUCAUCUAUAAAUAGAACAGUCUGCAUUUUUCUGCAAACACUCUCAACUGGUCUUUUCUUUACACUGAUUGACAGGUCACAUUUUAUAAACAAAAGCCACAUAUGUGACCAUUUGAGCGAUGAUCCUGUGUACAUAGAAGUAAUAACAUGAGCCAGAUUACAUCAAAAUACAUAUAGGAUAAAUAUUCCAAAAUACAUUACCCAUACAACUUUUAGCUCUAUAUUGAAAUUUACUAUAUGUAAAUAAUUCGUACUCUCAUUAUGUACCGUACGAUUUGGUAAAGUUCAAUUCUAGGAUAAAUAAAGAAAUAAUUUUUUGAUAGCUACUUAAUUUGCAGCUACCUGGUAAUAUAAAUAUGAUAACUUACCACUUACUAUAGGUAAAGUAGUAUCUGCAAGUCAUUGAAAGCAGCCAAUCUUGACAUUUUUACAAUUACUCAUAUUUCUUACUGUAUAUUUUUAACAAAGUUGUGGGUAGUAAUUAUAUUUUUAAAUACUUUUCCUCAAAUAAUUGGUUACUGGUCUUUUUAUUGUGAUUUUAUAUAAAAAAAAUAUUGCUUGAAGCACAACCAAGUUUUGUAGUCAUUUUUGUAGUAAGUUUGGUUUUCUUUUUAUUACAGUAAUGUAAAUAAAAUAAGCUUUGGUUCAGGAGUUUCAUGUUGCCAUGGAAGUGGAAGUAGGAAUAUGUAUGUACAGUACAUGUAUUGCUGCUAUGUAAUUUGAGUAUGUAUUUUGAGAUUCACUAUGUAUUUCGCAUGUUGACAAUAAAGACUGCACAUGUAUAUAUAGAUGAAAAUACAAAACCCCUAUCAUAGGAUAGAAAGAUUUCUAGAUUGAUUUAGUGUAAGUGAAGAGUUGUGAAAUGUAUUGAUCAAAGUAGAUUAAACCUAGUUAAAGAACAACUGCUGUUUUUUGUUUAUAUUUAAAUGUAAAAGAAGACUUAGUUAUUUCAUGACACCCAGAGCUACACUUUAGCAUGCUAGUUAUCAGUGCGAUUAUUCUUUCCCAUCCAGAUGACUGUUUUAGAGAACCUUUACUUGCUAUGCCUUGUCAAGGAACCAGGAAGCUUUCAGUUAAAUAAACUGACAAUCUGUUUGCAAACCACUCAUGACUGAGGAUACUAUACAUUUUCAAGAAUUUUGUUGCCUAAGCCCCAUUCUAUGAGUGAUGAUAACUAAUGAUUACCUUUAAUUUGAUGUGUUGGGCUUCUCUUUUUUUUUAACUGCUCACUUGUUUGGGUUUUACAUCUCUAAAGUAUUUUUUGUUUUAUUCUCGUGGUAUAUUUUUGGUUUGCUUCAGGCUAUUAAUGCACAAAGGAAGGAACCAUAAACCAACCUAAUACAGUAGCUCAUUAAAGGCAUUAUUACUUCAUUUUUUUUUUUAAUUCCUGUCAUAUCUGCUUGGUUAGGUACUUUGAAAAUACAUAACUAAUUUUUGCCCCUAAGGUUCCAGAACACUGCAAAGUAUUGUAAACCCUUUAAAUAAGAUUUACAAUUUGUGUCAACAAAGUAGAGAUAUUUAAAUGAUAAAAUUAACAAUACAGCAAUACAUUAGGAAAAGCUAACUGAUGGCUAAUAUGUUUAGUGGACUGGUAGUCUUAUGACAUACUACUUUGUUGAUUACUGUCUUCAGUUUGCAAAUGGUUUCUCUGGUGACUCAACCAGUUUCAUGAUCUUUACUAUUAUAGAUUAUACUCUAUGUAUGGCUAAUCACUAAUGCAUAUUCAGGGCAAAAUGUUUUUCUAAUACUGUAGCACAAAAAAUCUUCACUUUCACUUUGGGCAAAACUAGUAGCCUGAUUGAGCAUAGUUAAUAGUGUCUAGGAUAAAAAUUAGAACCAUAUCAUUAGAGCAAUUUGAUACAUCAUUAAUGAUUAGAUAAACAACUUGGCUAAAUGAACCAGUAACAAUACUGUUCAUUAUAUCAUAUCAGUAACAUUAAGAAAAAAUAAAAUGUAAUAAGUUUUCCCCAUUACUAUUUCUGAGUGGGUUAACCAGGCUAUGAAGUUAAAUUAAUUACCUCUCAUAGCCCUGGCUCAAACUGUGUCCUCAUCAAAUUUUAAUUAUAUUUGACCACCAUUCUUGAAAAGGUAAUAAUUAAAUAAGCUGAAAAUAAUUAUCUGACAAAUUAUGUAAAUCAAUGUGCUUUUAAUGUUUUCCCUAAUUUGAGAGAUAUAUAUAAACAAAUGGCUUUUAUAAAUUCAUAUAUAUAGUAACCUAGUGCUCACAACUAUUUACUUUGCUGAUCUCCCAGUUUUCCUAAUAAACUUUAUACAUACUAAUCCUAUAGUAUAGUAAUUGUGUGUCAUGUAUCUAAAUUUUUAAGGAUAAGUGUGUAGGAAUGCCACGAAGUUUUCAUGCAUUUUAUAAAUAAUAAUGCUACAUUUUCAAAAUUAAGCAAACAUUCAAAUAAACUUCCCUGGUUAAGGGUGAGUAAAAAUUCAAUGUUAUCAUAUCUAAUAGUAUUAACACAGUACGUAUACCCAUUUCAACAGCAGGCAUGAUGCAGUAGUCUUUUGAAGAACGGAUUUACUUGCCAUAUGGAAAGUUACCUACAAUACUUUCGUAACUUAUUGCCAUGAGCAAGGUAUAGUUACUUUUAAAAUCUCUAAAACAGUGACUUGGAUUUACAUUUGUUUAAUGUCUUCUUUAGGUAUGCAAAAAUACAAGUGAUGAUAUAUCAAACUUUUACAUCUAAGUCUAUUUUUGAUUAUGUGAUUUUAUAAGAAUGGUAGUGCAAAACAUACAGUGCAGUUAAUUUUCUGUAUUUUAAUUUAUAGAUCUGUUUUGAUGGCAUAGAAAAAUGUACUAUUAGUAUUAAGAGGCAGCAUGUAUAUAUUGUACCACAGAUUUGUCAAAACUUUGUAUAAUUGAUAUUAAAAUCAUUUAAAAAUUAAAA